UCCUCCUGUGUGGGGGAGUGCGUUAAACAAAGUGUGUCGCUGCAUGUCACCUGGCAUACAGCCUCUCCCCCACUUCCUGUUCCACUUCGAGUCUCGGAGAAGCACACCGCCGCCGCCACUCUGCCGCUUGAAGAAACUCUAGUCUGGAGAAAGGGUCUGCCAUGGCGUUCCAAACGAGGCUCUCUGGCCUGCUGCUGCUGCUGGCCUUCGGGCUCCCCGGGGCCUCGGCAGAGACCACAAUGCUGACUGACCCCCGCCUCUGCUACAUCUUAGACGGCUUUCUCGGCCUGUACGGCCUCAUCAUCACCGGCAUGUUCAUCAAGGAGAAGUUCUUCAGAACGAAAGUGAAGAUCUCUGAUGAAAUGGAAUUCAGCGACAUCAGGCCUAUCACUACUCACCAUAGAGACCCUGAGCAAGGAAGAAGACGGAAACAACAAGAUGACCGUAUAUACACGGGCCUGAAGGGGCAAGAUAGAGAUGAGUACCGAGAACUUCCUGUGAAGGAGCGCCCAAGGAGAAAUGAGCAGGUCUACCAGGACCUGAACGCAGCCAGCAGAGACACAUAUGAUGCUCUGCAGAUGCAGGCGCUUCCUGCCCGCUAACACAGCUGUGGUUCUGGACGGCAGGCCGGAGCUGAAGAUUCUGACAUGUCAAAGGUUUCUAAAAGCAAACUGAACAUGUGCUUUUGGACUUUUGAAAAGCCCAUUUGACAUUUUUUUUCAUGGUUUUAUCCAAAGCAACAAAUGUAAUUUUUCCUCUUGUUCUAAAAAAAGCAACCUAUUUUGUUAGAAAUCUAAAUGACUCUUUGGAUUUAAAUUUAACUCUUAUUUUUCUAUUUUGUUUGUUUGUAUCAUUAAAGGUUGCAUUUCUCCCCCAAAAUUAAAUGUGUGGAUUGAAUUAUAAAGUCAAACCUUAUUGUGGGGAAAGCAGCAGAGAAAGAUAAAUGUAAGAAUUGUAAAAAAAAGGACUCUGAUCUGUAUGGAGCCCAUGACCUGAUAUGGGAAAAAAAAAACAAUUGAUUCGUUCCCACAAAACAAUAAUUUGUUCCCACGAAAUAAUUAAUUAGUUCCCACGGAAUGAUUAAUUUUUUUCCCUACAAAAUAAUAAUUUGUUCCCACGAAAUAAUAAUUCACAUUCUAAGUCAUUAAUAAACACUGUUUUGAGCAAUGCUUGGAUUUAAAGCAGAUACUUUCACUUUUAUGUCUGUGUGUAUCUCAUGAUAAUGCAUGGAAAACAUGAAGGAAGUCUAGAAAUUGGAUUUAUUUAUUUCAAAAAGCUCUACAAAAACAUUAGUGAUCACUUCUCCCUAUCUGGGUUCAUUCACAUCCCGGUACGCUCUCCGUUCUGCUGAAAAAGCAGCUUUCUGCUGCUACUUCCGUGUCUCCUUGACCCACAUUAAUUCAAAUAUAAAAAUGUAUUGAAAUAUAAAAACAGGAAUCAAACUAUGGUAUCUAUUUAUUGUUGUCUCGAUGAAAACAAGAAAAAUGUUAUAAGAUUUAGGAUGCCCGAGCUUGCUGCUUCCCCAUGUCAGGUCAUGGGCUCCGUAGAUCUGUCAUCAGUACUGGAAAAAAAAGAAAAUCAACAAAUUAAAAAACUACAAUUUAUGUCCGAAUUCCAGAUAGGAGCCAUAUAAUAGGGCCAAAGACAGCAAUGUUACAUAACAUAUUUCUUAAAAUAAUAGUGAUUUUUUUUAACAUAAUGUACAAUUAACAUGAAAAAAACAAAACUUUUUUUGGUUCUAAAAAAAAACUUGAAAAUGUUAAGAAAAAUGAGAGAAGUCUAAAAUCUUUAAAGCACUUGGUAGGCAGUAACAAACCUUCUUAAGUUUAGUGACGAGAAAAUUCCUAUUAACACAUUCAUUUACUGAGAAAAACGUAACUCUUUAGGGCUUCUUCUAUCUUGUUUUAUUUUGUAAAUGUUCACUCUAUUCUAUGCUGCAAUCUGCUAUCAUUGUGUGCUAUUACAUCAAUGUUUUUUAUAUUUACAAGUGAGAAAUCUUUUUUUGUCAUUAUUUUCGCGCAUGGCAUGAUUUGCUUUGCUGUUUUAUCCUGAGAAUAUUUCAAGUUUGUGAAAAAAAUUUGAUGUACUUUUGAAACAUUUUUGUACUUUCUGCUUUAUCAAUAAAGUCAUGUUUGUUACUGCGA